AUGGCGAAGCAGAGGUCGGCGGCGCGAGGAGAGAGCCGUGCUGCAGCCAGAGUGUGUGAUUUGCAAUUGCCCGGGCCGGUUCAGCGGGUGGGGGACUGGGGCGAGAGGCAGCGCUGGCCGAGCGACACGACAGCACGCACAAGCAAGGCUGUUUUGAAGCCGGUCGUGAAGUGGGAGAGUGGGCGGGCGGCGGUGGGCAGCAGAGGUGACAGCAGUCGGGGGGGUGGUGGGAUUCCCAAGGUGCAGUGCAGGUCGGGUUCAGGUGCAGGUUGUCUGUCGACGGUCGAGGCUGGUGCAGCGGAUCGACGUGUCUGGGACGGGACUGGGCUGGACUGGGACCGACUGGGACUGGGGAGACAGCAGAGCUGCCAGGGGACCACGGGCAAAGGAGGGACGGGGCACGAAAGAUUUGGGGGAGGGGGGGGGGUGCUCCCGAAAAAGGCGAUGAGAUGGGGCGGGCCUGGCAGGCUGACCGCAGAGCCUGUGGGCGGACGGCCGACGAUCGCCCAAUCGAAUAUGCGGCUGGCGGGGGUGGGUACAGAUAGGCCGAGGAAGAGUCCUGGUCAGGCUGCUGCCCCAAGUCUUAUGGCACAGGUAUCAAGGAGGUACCGAGCCUCAUCGCGCAGUAAACUUCAACCAACCUCUGUUCACCACCUUCUCGCCAACAACCUCCCUUUCCCUCCCUCCCCCUUUUCUCUCGAAAAACGCGGCGUCCCGUCCCUCGAAGCCUCCUAUCCGCGCACAGCAGACGGGCAUGGGCAUGAGCAUGCCAUCCCACCCCCUGACGCGCUCUGGCUUGCUAUUUUGAGGGACGGGACGUCAGCACUACGCAGGAAAACUGAUCAAUUGCUACACCUCCACAAGUGGGAAAAUGCUAACCCGACCAGCUCCACAACCUGCGACAGCCAGAAGAAAAGGUUGGUACCCGUUAUUUCCUCAACGUUCUCCCCCACUGGAUCGCAUGAUGAAAUUUCCAUCGACAUUCGCAGUUUCCACUCGAGUUCCCAUUCAAGCCUAUAG